AUGCGUGAGAUCAUUACUGUACAACUUGGUCAGGCGGGCAAUUACCUGGGCACUCAUUUUUGGAAUACACAGGAAUCCUACUUCACUUAUGGAGACGAUGGCCCUGUAUCGGCUGUAUCUCCUGACAUACACUGGCGUCCUGGCCAAGGCGUAGAUGGAACUGACACUUUCCUCCCGCGAACUGUCAUAUAUGAUCUCAAGGGCGGGUUUGGUUCUCUCCGAAAGAUCAACUCGCUCUAUGACACUACAGGCUGUUGGGACGUUCCCAUUCCAUGGUUGGGGGCACCCGUCGUCCGCCAGCUCCCGGAGGUGCCACAAACGGCAUACCAACAGAGCCUCGAUGCCGGCAAUGUGACCCCGAAGUUGACAAGUAGCCAAGUGCGCUAUUGGUCCGAUUUCAGCCGCGCCUACUAUCACCCCAAUUCUCUCAACCAGAUCUAUGAUUACGAGUUGAACUCGUCCAUUCAACCUUUUGACAAGUGGUCGCUUGGAGAGGACCUUUUUCAGUCCCUCGAGAAAGCCCAUGACAUGAUGGACCGAGAUCUCCGUCCGUUUAUUGAAGAGGCCGACCAGAUGCAGGCUAUCCAAGUUUUUACUUCUCUGGACGACGCAUGGGGAGGUUUUGCCGCCCAAUAUCUUGAUCGUAUGCGAGAUGAGUAUCCUAAGACGACUUUGUGGACCUGGGGAACACAGGCAUCGCGUCAGGCCCGACUGCAGCGUCUCAACUUGACUCGGUCCAUAGUCGCCAUCUGCAAGCAGGUAUCGAUGCUAGUCCCCCUCUCCCUACCUGUCGGCCGCCUUCCGUCAAAUACUUGCCUGGCUCAGGAUUCACUAUGGGAACGCAGCGCUCUUAUGAGCACCGCGAUCGAGACGGCCACCCUUGUGUCUCGAUUGAGACAGACAGAGGCUCGCCGCUCCCUUGGAGAUGUAGUUGCACGGAUAAACACGAAUGGAGGGCAGACAAUAGGCCGCUUACAAAUGAUUGCGUCUGAGGUGAAGGAAGAGAAAGAUGAAGUUGAUGAGCGACUCCGGCCUUCGCACCGAAACCAUGACAGCGCCGGCGAUGUCAUAGAAUUCUUUAACGUGACCAGGAGACAUGGUUCUUCUCGAUCAACAGGAACUCAAAACCGUGUCUUCGGUCAAUCCAUAACUAUUCGCACGUCGGAUCAGUCCUCAGAGGGCAUCGAUGCUGGCUAUGACGAUCUCUCUCCACGCUGGGCAGGGGAAGAGAAAUUAUACAAAGAUUACAUCUGCCUCCCCUUCCCCAUACUGGACAGCUUCCCCGAAAUUUACAAGGAUUGGCAAGGAAACCCCAUGGGCGAGGCUAUCGGGGUUACCUCUACCCUUAGUACAGACAGCUCGAUUUCGGGCGCCUUAAAGGAGCUGAGGAAUUCAAUCACUCCAUAUUUGCCAGCGGAGGACCGAGAGGACACCAUCAACGAGCUCUCCGAGAUAGCUGAGGCUUUCGAAGAAGGUUGGUCAAGUGACGGUGGAUUUAGCGAGGACGAAUGA